UCCCAAAAUUUUAUGAACUUAAAGUUGUGAAGGCCUUUAAAAAGCCUGUUUCGUCAUUUGAAGAUAAAGGCCCCUAAGUGCGAAGUGUCGGAGCUUGGAAGAGCCAGCGGGUGCAGAGUGCUUCCUCACUUUGUUUUGGACUUUUUGUCGUGACGUCUCGUGAAAAGCAAGUGACGGUGACGACGAGAUUGGUACUACUGGACACGCGCCAGUCUUUGCUCCCGAUUCCUAACUGUCAAAACUCAAAAGUGGUUUGGUUCCCCUUCUUCGCCAAUCUCGAUUCCCGCUGCCGUCUACGGCUAUUCACUUGUCCCUGCGGUUUCCGAUCCUCAAUUUCGAGCUGCCAAUUUUCGCUUGAUCUCAUCGUUUUUCGCUAUUUUCCCUGGUGAUUUACAAGAAUUGAACGGUAACAGCAUGAAUUUCCUGAUUGGAGCUUUCAAGCCGGCUUGUAAUUUCUCGAUCACGUUUUCCGAUGGAAAAUCUCGCAAGCAGGUCCCAAUGAAAAAGGAAAAUGGCCAAACAGUUAUGGUUCCGCUUUUCCAAAGUCAAGAAAAUAUCGCUGGGAAGAUUUCCAUUGAACCACUUCAAGGGAAGAAAAUUGAACAUAAUGGUGUGAAAGUUGAGCUCCUUGGUCAAAUAGAGAUGUAUUUCGACAGAGGCAACUUUUAUGACUUUACCUCUCUUGUACGUGAAUUGGAUGUUCCUGGGGAUAUAUAUGAAAGAAAAACGUAUCCAUUUGAAUUUUCUACAGUUGAAAUGCCAUAUGAAACUUAUAAUGGUGUGAAUGUGCGGCUCAGGUACAUUCUGAAAGUGACAGUUAGUCGUAAUUAUGGUGGAAGCAUAGUGGAAUACCAGGACUUUGUGGUUCGCAAUUAUUCUCCACCUCCAUCAAUCAACAAUAGCAUCAAGAUGGAAGUUGGAAUUGAAGAUUGCCUACACAUUGAGUUUGAGUACAAUAAAAGCAAGUAUCAUCUGAAAGAUGUUAUUAUUGGCAAGAUUUAUUUUCUUCUUGUGAGGAUCAAGAUUAAGAAUAUGGAUCUUGAGAUCAGGCGUCGAGAAUCAACAGGAUCAGGAGCAAAUACCCAUGUUGAGACAGAGACGCUAGCUAAAUUUGAGUUGAUGGAUGGUGCUCCAGUCAGAGGUGAAUCAAUUCCAAUCAGGUUGUUUCUUAGUCCUUAUGAACUGACACCAACACAUCGCAACAUUAACAACAAAUUCAGUGUGAAGUACUACUUGAAUCUUGUUCUGGUCGAUGAAGAGGAUCGUCGGUAUUUCAAACAGCAGGAAAUUACAAUAUACAGGCUGCAGGAUUCCUGAUUAAGCAUCACGUACACGUAAACUUGACAUUCCAUCUGGUGAAGAAGAAGAAUUGAUUAACUGCCUUGUGGAAACCUUGUAAAGCCUUGAAGCUUAGGGUUAAAACUACCGGAACACAGGGCUGUUUCUUUGGAAGUGCUAGGCUUUGUAUACUUUGUUUGAUUGCAGCUUUGACUCAGAACUUGUGCAAUGAUGUACACGAGUCAUGUGCGGUUGAGGAGAGUAUAGUUGCCUUUUGAUGCGUCAUCACUAGGGCUGCUACCGCCUUUAGACAUUAUAGUCUACAAAUUGCCACUCUCUGUUCUCUGUGGAAUUACAUGGCAAUGACACGAAUCAUUAUCAGUUUUCAUUCCCUUGGAAUGUGGAUGGCGUUUGUCAUCUACGAUUCAAUAAUUUACUAGGCGUUUGUCUUUGGACCCUUUUUUGCCCAAAAAAAAAAAAAA